UUAGAUACGGAAUGCAGAGUUCUUACGUUUUCUAUUAAGUUAGGUGAUGUCCUUACAUUACAGAUCCUAGAAAACUUGUAUUGAGCUGCGUACAGGUCCUCAUUUCCUCGUCAAUCAAGACAAUCUCCUCAAUUGUAUGAAAAAUCCAAAGAAAAAAAAUGAAGAUCAGAUUGAUCAGUAGUUGUUUGGUAAAACCAGCUGAACCCACAUGGAACGGGUCUUUACCCUUGUCGGAGUUGGAUCAAAUAGGGAGUCUUGGCUAUGUUAGCUUGAUCCAUCUCUACAGACCUCCACAAGAUUGGUUAAGUCCACCAGAAGCCAUUUCAAGAACAUUGAAGAGCUCGUUAAGCAAAGUAUUGGUCCCAUUUCAUCCAUUGGCCGGUCGCUGGAGCCGAAUAUCCCGAGGGCGGUUUCAGAUCGACUGCAGUGGCAUCGGAGUUCCGCUCACAGAAGCCGAGUCGGACGCCACUUUGGAUGAGCUCAAAGAGUUUGAGCACCACCAACUUGUUCCUUCCUUUGAUCUUGAGCAACUUCCUCUGGUUGCCGUCCAGCUCACUAGGUUUAAGUGCGGUGGCGUUUGCCUUGGCGUCGCAAUGUCACACGCAGCCGUGGAUGGCCAAAGCGCCUCCCAUUUCUACACGGAAUGGGCUAGGCUUGCUAGAGGAGAGCAACUAGAAACCCAACCUUUUCUUGAUCGGAAAUUGCUAGGAGAUGUCGGCAGAAAGCCACACUCUGCUGCUCCGCCACUGCAACCGCCACCGGAGUUUGACGUGCCACCAUUAUUGAUUGGUGAGUCUGGCUGCAAAAAUGAGAGGGAAAAGACCACCACCCGGGCUUCUUUAAGGUUGACGAAAUUCCAGAUCGAGAUGAUGAGAAGGAAAGCAAAUGAGAAUCGUGGGCCAGCUGCUGCCGGAUCUAGUUUUACAAGUUACGAGGUUAUAACAGCCCAUAUCUGGAGAUGUACAUGCAAAGCGCGGCGGCACGUGCGGGAGCAGCGGUCGAGGCUGAGCAUCUCGGUAGACAUAAGGCGGCGCAUGCGGCCACCAUUGCCGAAAACUUAUUUGGGCAAUGCAGUUCUUGACGUGGUGGCGUUGGAUUAUGCUGGUGAGUUGGUCUCGAAACCGCUAUCUUAUGCUGCUAGUAAAAUUCGGGAAGCCAUCAAUAAGGUGACGAAUGAGUAUGUGACUUCAACCAUUGAUUUCUUGAGAGCGGUGGACGAUUUGUCGUCGUUUCAGGAUUGGAACUCAAUCAGCAGUGAUGAUGAUGAUGAUGAUGAUGAUGACGACAAAGGGUUUUUCUGUGGGAAUCCUAAUCUUUGCGUUACUAGUUGGUCUACUUUGCAAUUUCAUGGCUUAGAUUUUGGAUGGGGAAAAGAAGCUUAUAUGGGCCCUGUGGAUUAUGGUAAUGAUGGUGACUGUUUGAUUAUCCCCAGUGGACAUGAUUCUGAUGGAUCUGUUGUUGUUAUAGCAUGUCUUCAAGAACCCCACAUGGAAGCUUUCAGGAAGUUCUUCUACGACGACAUGGAAUUGUAUGUACAUGAAUCCCGUUGUCUUAAUUCCGACAGAUCUCAAAUCAUGGACAUCAAUUCGAGCAUCCAGAUGAAAUGUAUGAAUGUUGAUGCUCCCUCCAUGUUAACUUAAUUGGUCGUUCUGAAAGAUUGCAGCUUGUGACUGACAAAAUAAUGGGAAGUUGCUUCGAUCCCUUUUCUUGGUUAAUUUUUCUGUUUAUUUGUGUUACUUUUCACAAGGUGAUGUACACUGCGGUAAUAACGCAAGUCAUAAGUUUUAAUUAAAUAAAUAAUUAAGAU